UUAAGAUGGCGGCUGCGGCGGGCUUGGAGUUUCAGCGCGCCCAGUCUUUGCUCAGCACCGACCGCGAGGCCUCUAUCGGCAUCCUUCACUCCAUAGUGAAGCGUGAUGUCCAGGAGAAUGAUGAAGAGGCAGUGCAAGUCAAAGAACAAAGCAUCUUGGAACUGGGGAGUCUCUUAGCCAAGACUGGGCAAGCCGAAGAGCUUGGAGGACUGCUGAAGUAUGUGCGUCCUUUUUUGAACUCCAUCAGCAAGGCGAAGGCAGCUCGCCUGGUUCGGUCCCUGCUAGACCUGUUCCUAGACAUGGAGGCAGCAACAGGACAAGAGGUUGACUUGUGUCUUGAAUGCAUUGAGUGGGCCAAAUCAGAGAAGAGGACGUUCCUGCGCCAAGCUCUGGAGGCGAGGCUGGUGUCUUUGUACUUUGACACUAAAAGGUACCAAGAGGCAUUGCAAUUAGGCUCACAGCUUUUGCGGGAGUUGAAGAAGAUGGAUGACAAGGCCCUGUUAGUAGAAGUCCAGCUGCUGGAGAGCAAGACCUAUCAUGCCUUGAGCAACCUGCCAAAAGCGAGAGCAGCGCUAACCUCUGCCCGAACCACAGCCAACGCAAUAUAUUGCCCACCCAAGCUGCAGGCAGCCCUGGAUAUGCAAUCAGGCAUCAUCCAUGCAGCAGAAGAGAAAGACUGGAAGACGGCGUACUCUUAUUUUUACGAGGCGUUUGAGGGUUAUGACUCCAUCGACAGCCCGAAAGCCAUCACGGCACUGAAAUACAUGCUGCUGUGCAAAAUCAUGCUGAACUUGCCUGAGGAUGUGCAGGCGCUGGUGAGCGGGAAGCUUGCACUGCGGUAUGCUGGCAGACAGACAGAAGCACUAAAGUGUGUGGCACAAGCCAGUAAGAAUCGAUCACUGGAGGACUUCAAAAAGGCGCUGAAAGAUUAUAAAGUGGAACUCAGGGAUGAUCCCAUCAUUAAUACACACUUGGGCAAACUCUAUGAUAACUUAUUGGAACAGAAUUUGAUCCGGGUCAUCGAGCCGUUCUCCAGAGUGCAGAUUGAACACAUAUCUAGCCUUAUCAAGUUGUCAAAGGCGGAUGUGGAAAGGAAACUCUCGCAGAUGAUCCUGGACAAGAAGUUCCAUGGGAUCCUCGACCAAGGCGAAGGCGUCCUGAUUAUUUUUGAUGAACCGCCUGUAGACAAAACAUACGAAGCUGCUCUGGAGACCAUACAGAAUAUGAGCAAAGUAGUGGAUUCGUUAUACAACAAAGCCAAGAAGCUGACAUAGAGUUGGGAACUGUUGCCUGUUGCUUUGGAGAGUGGGUGCGUGAAACCUUUGGGGGGGACAAAAGGCUAGAAGACUGGUGUUUUUUUCUCUCUCCCCCCCCUCCCAUUUUGCUCUACUUUUCACUUGGAAAGUUUUAAGACUUCCUCAUCUGAUCCAUCCUGUCUCCACAAUUGUGUGUUCCAGUUUCCAUGUAACCUUUUACCUGCUGAACUUUGUACCGGGAUGGGGAAAUAAUGUUUUAAAAAGGAAAAGAGUUUUUUUUUGUGGGGGUGGGAAAGUGCAGGGAGGGGAGGAAGCAAUGGCAGUAUCCUGAAUAAAAGGAGAGACUUACGCUACCUUUAAAUUUAAAAAGUGCUUCCCAUUUUCUUGAGGGUGGUGGUGGUGGGGUUAAUUGUGCAUCAUUGGAGUGAACUUGGCCACCAAAGGAUGCUCCACAUGGGAACAAAAUUCCUACACAGAAGGCACUUCCCUUGCACACUGUGUAACAUACUACAAUUGUAUGCACAUGGGCACACGCUGGAAGCUGUGGCCAGGUUCAGCAUCUUGCGUGCCAGCAAAAAGCCCCUGUGGGUCUUGCCCAAACUCCCUCCAAAUAAGAGCUUUUCUUGCAGGAAUUUUGUCAUUUGUGAAGUAGCCAGUUAGAAAGUGGGAGCUAUGUUAAAAUGCAGAGAGUUUAGGAAGCCAUGGUGGGAUCAUCUUGUUGUCCUCUGACAAUGACACUACAGAAGAGCCAUUAAAGGGCUCCCUCUACCUUUAAUGCUCUGUUGAAUUCUUGGAUGUGUUUCAUGCCCCAGAGUCUGCUUGAAUGCAUUUUCCCCAUGAUUGUCAAAAGGCAAGGGACCAUCAUGGUCUCUUCAGUAACCCUGAACGUUUCCUGGUUCUGUACUGCAUGAUUUUUUUUUGUUUUUGCUUUCCAAAAGGCAAGGAAUGUAUUUGUUUAAUUUCACAAGAAGUACAGUUGGAAGAGUAAUGGAGAGCUUCCAUUUUUGAAAAGGUUCACUUCUGUUUCGAAGGGGAGUUGAGUAUUUUAGAAUUUCCAGCAGGCUGUUUCUGGGCAACCCAGGGGCAGCUUUACUUUGUGCUACCGCCUGAACAUCUCUCAAGGAGAAGAGUUGCCCUGCUCAUCUCGGGCUGAGGAUCAGACUGUUCCCAACACCCACCAUGGGGAUGUUGCCAAAAGCAGUGUCCCCCGAGUGUUGUUUUCCCCAUCUCUGCUGUGGUAUCUAGGCUUAUUUGCAUCACAACAUUUGAGUUUUUCCUGCCAGAAUCAGGCCAGUGCUGUAAACUGGAGGCAGGGGAGGUCAUGUUCCAAUAUCUACAUCACCAGGUGAGGAGCUCUCUUGUGUUAGAAAUCUUCACCAGGCAGUUCCAGAGCUAAAUCUUGUCCUCUGGCCACCCAGUUGCCAAAUUGCAGAUAACAGUGUCUCUGGAGGAAGCAGCAGCUGUGGCUUGUGGGAACAGCCUGGGAGCAGGGCAGAGAGGGAUCCUGGCCUGCCGCUGUGACCGUCUAGUUGCUGACCAGCGAGGGAGAGGAAUACGGAGGCCGCCACUGAGAGAGCCACUGAUCUUGGUGGCAUCCCUGUGGCUGGCAAAAAGUGUAGUUCACCUGUUCCCUGUCAGCGUAGGGAACAUUGGGCAGCUGCUCUUCUUUGUGAGAGGCAGGGUGCUGUUGAAUGCCUGUGUUGUCUUUACGGUGUCACUGACAUCGGAGUAUUGUAACCUCCUACUGUGCUGUCCUCAUCCAUUCCUUUCCCUCUAUGCUUCUUCACCCUCAUUUUGUAGAAUUGCUCUCCUAUAUCAAGAAAUAUUUUUGCAUUUGCAUGCAAUCCUUCAACUGGCUGACUUUCUCUUCUUUUUUUUCUGCCUCCCCCUUUUUGUUAACUCUGUCUUUGUCUCAGCCAGUCAGAUGUUCUGGGGAGGUAAUUUUUUUGUCUUGGGGAGGGUUUUGGCACCAUGAAUUUCAAAUGUACAAAUGGUUCACGCUAACACACACCAGGUAUAUCUGAUGUUCAGAUGGCAUACAAAUAAAUUUUUUUUUCAAAAACA